GAUGGGGUGUAUUUCAUUUUAUCUUCUCUUCUUCAUUGGAAUCGGCGGGUACAUAAAUGAAAUAAUCCAUAGUAGGUAGAAAUGGAGGCUCGAUAUGUUAGCAGAUAGCUCCACAGACUGAGAACCAACAUCCUCUUUCUCACCUGUGUAGAAUACACCACAGAACAUUUAUUGCGAGUUGUCACGCUUUCUGCAUUACUGUUUUUGUUUGAAUGAAUGCAGCCGCCAUGGUGCAGUUUCUAACUGAGUGACCAACGUGCUUCAGUUUCCCUUGUUUCCUAUUCUUAACCCGACCAAAUUAAAAAGGUUUCAGGAAAUCAUGUCAAAGCUAAUCCGGAAGCUGUCUGACUCAUAAUUGCCAACAUUGGGAAAUGUGCAUCAUAUGUGCUUCAUAAUUUGCAGCAAGUUGCUUUGGGGAAAAAACAUCUUUAUACUAGAUGUAUUGAGAACACGAAGUAAAAUACCGUAUAUUACCAAAUUGCAGGGGUCUGAUUGCAGUGGUGUGAAGUGCCCACUGUCGAGAGAGUUAUUUCCCUUUAUGUUUACGCUGUUAGUGCACUUCCCCUUGUAUAGUUGGUUAGAGUGUGGGUUACAAUGCAUGUUAUAUAACAAAUAGCUCUUGCAAAGAACUCGUUAAAGGAAACAUGGCGCUUGCGAGCUGUACUUGCGAAAUCCGCAAGGAAUUGCUGCGAAUUCCUUUUUGUUUGAAGAAAAUUUACAACUUUGUAAUGGACCUUUUACGAGGGAGCCGGCGCUGCCAUUGGCUAGUUUUGGUCAUGUGAAGCAAGUAACUGCGUUCAUGGCCUUUUCAUGAUUUCCCUUGUGAAUAUUUCACUGCAUUCCGCUGCUAACUCGUCUCAAACCGUCUUUUCUGUCAGUAUCUCCCCUUGCCUGCUUUUGUCGUUGGUAUUUGGCGCCAGCUGCUUGGGAAAAAGGGGGAGACUUUCCGCUCUAUUCGCGGUGUUCAACCCUUUUCUGUAUAACUAUGAGGAAGUGAUUCGACUCAUGCUGGGAUUUUAGCAAUCUGAUCUUUCUCUCAGACCUCUGACGUCUGCUAACAACCUCUAACUUACCCUCCAACUCGCUUUACCUAUUUUUAAGUUAUUUUGAUAAUCGAAACUGUACAAAUGGAAUACAAAAUCCACCUGGUUCCCGAUCGGGGGAAACGCCAUGAAACCGAGCUGGCGGAAUGGAGGAAGCUCGGAAAACAAAGCCAGCGGCCUGUGGUCAAUCAGGACAAAUUCCAAAUUCAAUACAAAGAAAAACAGAUAGAAACAUUGAGUGUGGAACGUUGCAUUCUGUCGAUUGUGGUAAACGUGCCGUGUGAUCAAAGGUGUCAAUGCUAUUCGAUAAGGGUGUCAAGACCCUGUCAUUUCAAAAUAGCGAGAUGCAAAAAACAACUUAUUAUGACAACUCUGGAAUAUUUAGUGGUUACUCUUACCAAAAAUCAAAUACAUACAACUACAGCUCUGGUCAUCAAACCUACCCACCACCAUCGGUUGAUGGUGAUUAUCAGAACUCAACAUGCCCAGUUCAGACAUCCAGUGCCAGAGCCCCAACCCAUAAGUCCACUGAUAUCAAUGGCAGUUGUAUGAGAACAAGUAGCAAUCAAGGCACUGCCCAACUUCCAAGCAUUAGUGAGCCACAACAACCUCCUCCUUUGCCACCCUCGCCAAAUGGAAGCAACACUGCGACUCAGAAAAGAACCAAGUCCAUUCCAAAUUCUUCCAGCGGUCCGCCUGCUACCCUGACCAAGCAAAUCUUCCCAUGGAUGAAAGAAUCUCGUCAAAAUACCAAGCAGAAAAACAACUGCACAGUUGCAGGAGACAAUUGUGAGGAUAAAAGCCCACCGGGUCCAGCUUCCAAGCGAGUCCGUACCGCCUACACCAGUGCACAAUUGGUGGAACUGGAAAAGGAGUUUCAUUUUAAUCGUUACUUGUGUCGCCCUCGCCGAGUUGAAAUGGCAAAUUUAUUAAAUCUAACUGAACGUCAGAUAAAGAUUUGGUUCCAGAACCGAAGAAUGAAGUAUAAAAAAGAUCAAAAGGCCAAAGGGAUCAUGCACUCACCCAUUGGACAGUCUCCAGACAGAAGUCCUCUUUUAAAUGCUCCAAAUAAUAUUGGAUUCUCAAACCAGCUCACCACUGUCAACAGUUUAAAUUAUGAAACUCAUUCUCCAACAUCAUUCACCAAAUCUCAGCAAAAUAUGUAUGGCUUGGCUGCUUACACAGCUCCUCUCAAUAGCUGCUUACCCCAGCAGAAAAGGUACCCAGGCACAGAGUAUGACCAUCAUACUAUACAGGGCAAUGGUAGCUUUGCCAACCAUAAUUUGCAAGGCAGCCCUGUGUAUGUAGGAGGAAACUUUGUUGAUUCAAUGCCAGCUUCUGGGCCAAUGUUCAACCUUAGCCAUCUUCCUCAUCCUUCAUCAGCCACUGUGGACUAUAACUGUGCUGCUCAAAUAGCAGGCAAUCACCACCAUGGACCAUGCGAUCCUCAUCCCACCUACACGGAUCUGACUACUCAUCACACAGCUCAGGGAAGAAUUCAAGAAGCACCCAAAUUAACGCAUCUGUAACGGACUAGUACGGUCUGCCAAGCGAUGGUACUUCGCUUUUUUAUUACCUCAUUUGUAUCAGAUAUUCUCCUGCUAUGAGACUGCCACAGUAUUUGUCAAUCAUUCAUUUUCUAUCCACCACCUUGCUUUUCUGUGUUUAUUUAAGGGUCUACACAUCAGCCAUCCCUUUCAAUAAGAUCCUAGCAUAAUACAGAAUGCAAAUAGAGGAACAAUUGCUUGAAAUAGGUGCUUAUGAAGGUAAGACAUACCAAGUCAGUCUUCAGCAAACCCUUCUUAAUGUGAAUUUUAAAGACUGGUAUUCUAUACAGUCCACUUUGGUGGUAUUUUGUCUGUAACUGGUCUUAUUGCCCUGAACUUCAGCUAUGUACUUUUCAGUAAUGAACAAACUACAUUCAACGUCAUCAAUAUGUAUUUAUUAUUUAAAGUCAAUAUCAAAAAAAAAGAUUUUUCUAUGACUUAUUUAUCCUUGACUUAAUGUAUUUAUGUGAAAUUUAUAGAGCUUAUACAAUCUGACUUUGACCUGUUUGAUCCAUGUCUGUUACAAUCAUAUUUCUCCUCUUUAGUAAACCUGGGUUAAAACUAGAUCAGAGGAUAGUUUCUUGAGCAGUUGUAUCAGUGGCUGGUGUUUGUAGAUUAUGUAAGGAUUAUCUCUGAAAGCAAAUUGUGAGUUAUGACUGUAGUAAAUCAGAGAAAAUGUGACACUACAGGAUAGACAACACAUUUCUAUAAGAAUACUUUAUUUCAAUUGUCUGGUACUAUUUCAACAGAUAUUUAGAAUAAAACGGUGUUCUUUGAACAAACAUGUAGCCCUCAUUUAUGAUUGCACUACACCACCUCGCCAUCUUGUCUCCGUACUUCCAAAUCACACACCACAAGCGGACUACAGUCAAAGGUUGGGAUCUGAGCUGUUUGUGCCGUGCUGCUUCCCCUGUGCUUUUGGGAUUUAAAAAAAAAAAUAGACUAUCAUGUUCAAAAGCGACAUCAUGGGCAAAUAUGACUUUUUGUUUCACUCAGAAAUGUAAUGCUGCUGCAUUCAAAAGAAACAUUAAGAGACGGACACAGAAAAUACAACGUGGACAUAGAAAUAAUGGAAGAAAGGAGGAGAAAAAUGUGACAAAACAGCAGUAGAAUGUAACUAGAGCGAAAAAUAAUAUCCUUAAUGAUAUAU